AACAGCUGGUCACAGGAGAGGAGAGGUGGACUUUCUUCUGCAGAGCUUGUAGGUCAUUCCACAGGGUCAGGAGGAUGGACGCCUGCUCUCCCAUCGGCCUCUUCAUCUUUGCCUUGCUCCUCCAGGCCGCUGGAAUGGGCACUGCAGAAGGGGCCCCCAGGCAGGACCUCACCCACCGAGUGGGAGAGUCGGCAACGUUCUCACUGGAGGUUCUGCAGCAGUCCAACAUCUCAAAUCUCCUUUGGAGAUCUUCCUCCAGGGGUCCAAUGCAAGCGGUGGCAGCGUGGCAGGCUGGGAAUCCUCUCGAAGUCCUGAGUGAGAGCUAUUCCGGAAGAGUGACCUUCCUUGAGCAGAGCCUGUCCUUGAAAAUCAGCAACUUGAGCAAAGAUGACGGAGGGUUCUACAAUGUGGUAGAGUUCCAGGAUGAGGGUGAAGCAUUGCUGAAGGAAUACAUCCUCUUCAUCUUCGACGUCAGAAUCACGGCCAGCAGAUCAGCAAAUGGAACUUGCAGCCUCCGAUUGUUGUGUGAGGUGGGUGCUGGGGCCAAGACGACCGUGAAGUUCAACUGGAGGCCCACCCUGUCAAAGGGCCCUGGAUCUCAAGGCCCAGCCCUCCACCUGGUCCUGCACCCUGCUGAUGCUGACAAAUCCUACACCUGCACAGCAGCCGCUCUCGGCAGUCAGCAAUCGGUUGCCGUCAUUCCCUACCAGUCCUGCAACUCAGGGGCCAGAGCUGCAGGGCUUCUUUGGCCUGGCUCGCUCGCCGGCCCCAUCGCUGAAACCGUCCUCGGGCCUGCCUUUCUCGCCCUCCUGGUGCUGCUGUGACAUCGGCUGGCUCCGACACCCGGGGCUGGUGGGUGCAGGAAGAGCAUCCAUGCGCUUGGCUGACCGUGGCUGGCUUCCCUCCUCUCUGCGGCCCAGUACAUUCUUGGGAUCCUUUGUGUGACCAGAUACCAGAGCUACUCAAAAGGAAGCUGCCCCUGAAUGUAAGAUGACCCCCCCCCCCACACACACACACACCCAAAAGUUAUACAUGCAAAAUACUUUUUACUGGACAUAACUGUAACUUGGAUGCAAAUGUAAGACAACGCCCCUUUUGUUUGAUGGCAUCCCUUGGGGGAAAACUCGCCUUGCGCUUGAUUUGGCCCCGUAUCUGGUUCCAAGUUCCUUUGGGGGCAGAGGUUUCGAUGCCCGGAGAGGCGCCCCGCAUGAGCAGAGAGCGGCACACUUUCGCGGCUUGUUAGAGCUACGCUCAGAGAUGUUUCCAAGCGGUUUUGUGGUCUCUUCGGGCUGCACCUCCUCCCAUAUUUCUCUAUUCUGCCUGUCCGUCCCCUUGAGGCAGGCGCUUCUGCCUCUGCCCCCUAAGCCUGGCAGGGCUCUCCACUCACCUGAAAGGGCUCCUCUGAUGCCACUGGGCAGUGGAACUUGGCAGGCCUCUGUCUGACUGGGCGGCUCCGAAGUAAGGCUGAUUCUGGCACAGAGUGAGAACGGAAGAAAAUGACGCCUUGCAGCGGCGCAAAAGGAUGCAGCAAGACUCGACUGCAAUACUCAGCAAGAGACCUUACCGGGCAGCUUGGCUGUGGGGGUGCCUGAAUGGCUCCUGGGGUGCCGGGAGGGAAGGAGCUCUUCCCAUGAAUACGACUGGCGGGUUCUCUCUGAAUAAAUGCAGAGGAGUCUCUGUACCAGGCAUCUGACGAAGAGAACUUGAUUCUCGAAAGCUUAUGCUACAAUAAAAUUGGUUAGUCUUAAAGGUG